AUGGACUCUUUGCAUGUCUCUUCGACAAGUGUUCUGGUCGACGUCGUGGAAGCUGUGGAAACCGCUACCUCACUGGUAGUGGACACAGCUGAAGCCGUUGCAACAGAACAAGCUACUCCAACAGCAGUCAUAAGCAAUGCUCUAGCCCGAAGUGCCUAUGCGGCACAUACGUCAUUGUCAUAUUUGGCAUGGGCUUUUGGCUUGUGGUUUCUGCGACUUAUUGGAUGGGUCUGCUAUGGUAUUCCUACCUACGUUCUAGGGCUGCUAGGUAGAACCAUCAACAUUUCUCUUCAGUUUUCUUCUUUACUACUCAUUCUGAUUGCCUUGGUCACCGUGGUGGUCGCGGUGGUACGAUACAAGUAUCUGACCGUGUACUCCCGUCUUCCCCAGGAACAGCCUCGACAGGAGCCCGAGAUCGACAUGUACGACGAGUCCGACAACGAGGACGAAAAGACGGGCUUCGCUAACUACUUUGACGAGUUUCUGUCAGCCGUUAAGAUCUUUGGAUACCUGGAAAGACCCGUGUUCCACGAGCUUACACGCCAUAUGCAGACGUGGAAACUCUCUGCCGACGAAAUGGUGCCUCUAGAUGAUGAACAGGGCUUCUCAGUUGUGGUGGAAGGAACUGUACAGGUCUUUGCCAAACAAUCCAGUUUUGUGCAAAACCCAACUAGCGUGCCUGACUCGAGAAAGGAAGACUCAAUCAUGUUCAACGGAGAACGAUACACCCUGCUUUCCGAGAUAAAAAAUGGAGCUCCCCUUACUUCGCUGUUUAACAUUCUUUCUCUGUUCACUGACGAUCUGCAGCUUCAUAAGAAUUUCGACAGUGCUGUCAACUCGCCCAUGACGUCCGCCUCCGAUGUCCCCAACAUGUCUUUGUCUUCUGACGGCUCUGACGAUCUUCAGAAGGGAGAACCUCAGUUUGGAGAGCCCCGAUUGUCUGAGAAGCCUGCUGCCAAACUAUCAGUGACAGUCAGAGCAGCUACUGAUUCAACCAUCGCCAUCAUCCCAGCUGCUGCGUUCCGACGAAUCACCAAAAAGUUUCCCCAGGCCACUGCUCAUAUUGUUCAGGUAAUUCUAACUCGUUUCCAGCGAGUUACAUUCCAGACUGGUCAUCAUUACUUUGGCUUGACCCCUGAAAUCUUUCAAACCGAAGUGAAUCUAAACAGUCAUGCCCGAAAUGAACUCCCUGGGUAUCUCCGGGAAGGAGCUGUCAAGAAGCUGAACCAGGUGUACGAUGCUUCUCAGAUGGGUGGCCGUCCCAAAAAGUACACCGUUACUCUCAACAAGAAGAACAAGGGCAAAGGCAGCAGACGUCAGAGAUUCUCUGUGCAGCUCAACAACCAGGGUCAUCUCAACAGUCAGAGUCGAAUGGUAAGUUUGGACUCGUUGGAAGCAGUUGGGGAUCACAUGAAUCCCGGCGAUCUGCUGACCAAUGUGCCUUUGUCACGACAGGGACGGCCUGUGUUUGAACUAUCCAGUGUGAAGCACAAGGCUAGUAUUCAGAACCUGUCCUUCAGUGGAAACGAUGAUGAAAACGAGGACACUGCCUUGCGUACGGCCCUUGUGGAAGCUAUUUUCAAGGUCCUUGGAAUCGACCGUGAUUCCAUUCAGUCUUCCAUCAUGGCCGUGAAGACUAUGUCCAAUACAGCCUCCCCUAUGUUCACGGGAGCCACCACUGGAGGAAGCAGUGGAUCUCUAGGGGAGGAACUCCGAAGCCGACGAACUGGUCAAGAUUCUCUGGGGGCAUCUCACUUUGGCGUCGGUCUACCUUCUGAGCGGUCCCAGAAUUCGUUCUACGCUCGAUCUGAAACCUCUACUUCCAGUGUAGACGAAGACUCACUUAUGGCUGCCCCCUUUGAUACAAUCCGAAACGAUGUAGCCCAGUACAUGGACGUUGUUUUGUUCAAGAAAGACUCUCUCCUCAUCAAGCAGGAUGACCCCACUCCUGGAUUGUACUACCUGAUUGAUGGUGUUCUUGAGGUCGGAUACACAGAUCAUCACAAGAUUUACCAUGAUCUAUACACUGUUCAGCCUGGUGGGGUUGGUGGAUAUAUUGGCUCUAUUCUCGGACACCGAUCCUUCGCCGAUCUGCGCGCCCGAACAGACGUCUAUGCCGGCUUCCUUCCUCGAGCCGCAAUCGAGCGCAUGUCUGACAAGUACCCCAUGGUCCAUCUAACCAUGGCAAAGUCUCUGACUAAGGUACUGUCUCGUCUUUUACUGCAUCUUGAUUUCGCUAUGGAGUGGGUACAGGUUCGAGCUGGACAGAAAAUCUACAAGGAGGGUCAGGAAGCGGAUGCCAUCUACAUUGUCUUGAACGGCCGAGUGCGUUCUGUGGCUGAAACUAAGGGCGACUCCGGUAUUGUGGGAGGUGAAUCUGGUGAUGCGAAGGAUGGAAAGAGUCAUCGAAAGAAUCUCACCAGUAUCGGAGAAUAUGGAAAGGGCGAGUCUGUUGGCGAGCUGGAGGUGUUAACACUUACCAGACGUCCCUCUACUCUCGUUGCCAUUCGAGAUGCUGAGCUGGCCAAAAUUCCCAGAGCUCUGUUUGAGUCUUUGGCCCUCCACUACCCCAGUAUCACCUUUGAGAUCUCCCGAAUUGUGGCUUCACGAGUCCGUACUCUAAUGGAAGACUCCGCUCCGAUUCCCCGACGAAUGCACACCUUUGAUAUGGCUGCCCACCAUGAUAGUUACUUGACUAUCGCUGUUGUUCCCAUCUCUCAGGAUGUUGAUGUGAGUGAGUUUGGACGACGACUUUACAACGGUAUGCAGGCGGUGGGACGAGAAGCGUGUCACUUGAACCAUGCUUCUGUGCUUAACCAUAUGGGCAGACAUGCUUUCAACCCUCUUGGUAAGUUGAAGCUGUCUGGUUUCCUUGAUGACAUUGAGGACCGGUACCAGACUGUUUUGUAUGUUGCAGAUACCCCUCCUGGUUCCUCAUGGACCCAUACUUGCAUUUCUCAGGCUGAUUGUGUUCUGCUUGUCGCUGACGCUCGUUCCGAGCCUGACAUUGGUGAGUACGAACGUGUGCUGGUGAAGAUGCGAACCACUGCCAGAACCGAGAUGGUUCUCAUUCACCCUGAACGAUACGUUCCUCCUGGACUCACUAGUGCGUGGUUGAAGCCUCGAGUGUGGGUUCACACCCAUCAUCACGUUCAGAUGGAUCUUCCUCGUCAUGAAGCUGAUGUCCUGGCCAGUAUCCGAAAGAUGAAGCGAACAGGAACCCUCGCGAACCUCAAAAACAAGGUCCAAACGAUCCAAGAAGAGUUCCGUUCCAUGUACCGCCCCAAGGCUAACAUCUAUAGCACGUCUUCGGCCAACAAGGACGACUUCAAUCGACUUGCCAGAAUCCUCUCUGGACAAGCUAUUGGACUUGUUCUUGGCGGAGGAGGAGCUCGAGGUAUUUCCCAUAUUGGAAUUAUCAAGGCUCUCGAAGACUCUGGUAUUCCUAUUGAUUUCGUGGGAGGUACUUCCAUCGGUUCCUUCAUAGGGGGGCUCUAUGCCAAAGAAUACGAUCUGGUGCCCAUCUAUGGACGAGCCAAGAAGUUCUCUGGACGAGUAUCUUCUCUUUGGCGUAUGGCUUUGGAUCUGACCUAUCCUGCCACCUCAUACACCACUGGUCACGAGUUCAACCGAGGAAUCUGGAAAGCUUUUGGCGACUCCCGUAUCGAAGACUUCUGGCUCCGAUACUUCACUAACACGACAAACAUUACUCAUUCUAGAAUGGAGAUCCACACAUCUGGAUAUGCGUGGAGAUACAUUCGAGCAAGUAUGUCUCUUGCUGGUCUUCUUCCUCCUUUGACAGACAAUGGAUCUAUGUUGUUGGAUGGAGGUUAUGUUGAUAACCUGCCUGUUUCGGAGAUGAAGGCUCAGGGAGCCUCCGUGGUAUUUGCCGUAGAUGUCGGAUCUAUCGACGAUACCACUCCCAUGAACUACGGUGACUCCUUGUCUGGUGCAUGGGUCAUGUGGAACCGAUGGAAUCCCUUUGGUCGACAUCCUAAUGUUCCCAACCUGGCAGAAAUUCAGGCUCGGUUGGCAUACGUAUCAUCAGUGGGUGCUCUUGAGAAGGCUAAGCACACCCCUGGCGUCAUCUACAUGCGUCCCCCCAUUGACGAUUUUGCUACUCUUGACUUCGCCAAAUUCCUUGACAUCUAUAGGGUAGGUAACAAGUACGGCCACAAGUUCCUGACCGAGUUGCGAGAGGAUGGCAAGUUUCCUGCUAUCCCUGGAAUGGAGAAUGUUAAGACCAAACAUAAGAGAACCAUUGCCCGGCGAAAUAGUAUUUAG